AUGGAAUAUGUAAAAGGAUUUCUCCCGUGGCCCGCCACCCCCGUCCCAGGCGUCGCCCUCUCGGCCUCUGGCCUCCUCGCCCUCGCCGACCUAGGCACAAUCGCCAACCGCACCGCCAUAACCGGCACCUCAACAUGGCUCGACAUGCUCGUCCUCGCCCCCGGCCUACACAACCAGCAGCGCGCCGACACCCUCUCUGACCUCCCAAACCCUUUCACACAACCCCUCCUCACCACCCCCACCCACCGCCAUAUCAGCCUCACAAACGCAGCCACGAUCCGCUACCUCGCGCGGCUCGGCGCGGGAUCCCGUCCCGUCACCCUCCGCGUCGGGUCGCCGCGCACCCAAUCCCUGCGCAGGACAGUUAGCACGGCUUCGUUGAAGCGCGUUCGCCAGAGGCCCCGGCCUAGUUUGAUGGCUCCGCUCCUGUAUAUCAUUGCGCUUCUCCUCACCGUCAGCGCAAUGGCACUCAUGGUCUUGACGCGCGACUGGUGGGGUGUGGGGAUCCUGAGCGCGCUCAUGCUCGCGCGCGCGCUGAACAUCUGGAUUAUCCGCUCGCGCACUUCCGGGGGGCCGCCGGCAUCCGCGCAGGCUUCUGGGCAGGCAAUUGUGCAGGCGUCUGCGCCGACCUCUGCGCCACCAGGAUCGCCGCCACCUACGCCGGUGGAUGCGGAGCCCGAGAGCUGGAAGGUCAGGAUUGAUGGCGAGAGAGAGAUAUGUCUUCACGGGAUGGCUGACGACUUAGAGGCUUUGACAGGGGGCAUCUGGAUGCGUGGCAAGACAGCAGUAGAGGGGUACGCAGAGGCGGCGGCGAAGUUGAUCGUCUAUCUCGUCGCGUCGUUCAGCGGGAAUAUGCACCAGACAGGUGAUAUGGUACUACUUCUGCUGCUGUUGUUUUCGGCCGGCUUGCUGGCGCUGAGUAAUUCGAGGGAGGAUAGGUUCUGGAUGAAUGGACGGUCAGCGGUUAUUGUACCUGGGUUUGCGGAGGUUAUGGAUGGGAUUGCGACGCCGGAUUGGGGGGGGACGACGGAUGGGGGGGGGAACGAGAUGAAGGGCGGUGGUGGGAAUGAGACGCCGGGGAGCGUGAUGUCGGUGUGAAUUUUGGGCUUUAAUGGUGGGCUUAUUAAGGAUUGCGGUAGUAUUUGCGGGCUUUGGGGGGUUGUUUGAUAUGGUGUCCUUUUGUGGCACUCGGCUGGUUUUGGAGGGAUGAUCAAAUUUUGCAGCGACGAGCGACGACAUUACGACUCAUCGCGAGAGCACCUGGGGCGCAACAGGUUCUAUAUACCCUCUAGGAACGCAUGCUUAUCUUCAGAACUCCACAGAAAUCAUAGACUUAGAUAUAUAUAUUAAAAAAAAGUCUGGGGGAAAUCGCCUCGUUGGGUAUAGAAAAUAGAAAAAACAUUUUUUAUCAAUAUUAUAUUUCGCAGCUCUUUGGUUUCGGCUGCAGAGGCC